AUGUCGGUGCACCAGGCUACCUGCACCGCGCCUGUGAAUAUUGCCGUGGUCAAGUACUGGGGCAAGCGCGACACGAAGCUCAUCCUGCCCACGAAUGACAGCCUGAGUGUCACGCUCGACCAGGACCACCUGCGCACCGUCACGACGGCACGCGCGGACGAGUCGUUCGGCACCGUCGGCGCGGGUUCGUGCCAGGACCGCCUGUGGCUCAACGGCCACGAGGAGACGAUCCAGCCGGGCGGCCGCCUCGAUGCGUGCCUCCAUGAGCUCCGCCGUCUGCGGGCCGAGCGCGAGAAGGCGGACCCGUCGCUCCCCCCGCUCUCCCGCUGGGCCCUGCGCCUGUGCUCGGAGAACAACUUCCCGACCGCCGCGGGCCUCGCGUCCUCGGCGUCGGGCUUUGCGGCGCUGGCAGUGACUGUGGCCGAACUCGAAACGCUCUCGCGCUCCGAGCUCUCCAAGAUCGCGCGUCGCGGCAGUGGCUCGGCGUGCCGCUCCGUGUUUGGUGGCUUUGUCGCAUGGGACAUGGGGCAGCAGGACAACGGCGACGACUCGCUGGCCGUGUGCGUCGCUGAGCGCGAGCACUGGCCUGACCUGCACGUCCUGAUCUGCGUCGUGAACGACGCCAAGAAAGGCACGUCGUCCACGAGCGGCAUGCAGCGCACUGUCGAGACAUCGCCCCUCCUGCAGCACCGCAUCCAGCAGGUGGUGCCGGAGCGCAUGCGCCGCAUGCGCGAGGCGAUCCAGCAGCGCGACUUUGGCGCAUUCACCGACCUGACGACCGCCGACUCCAACAACUUCCACGCAUGCUGCCUCGAUACAGCGCCGCCGAUCUUUUACAUGAACGACACAUCGCGUGCGAUUGUGCAGGUCAUCGAGGAGCUGAAUCGUGCGCGCAAGGACGCAGGCGAUGACCCGAUCGCCGCGUACACGUUCGACGCUGGCCCCAACGCCGUCCUCUACGUGCGCGAGAAGGACAUGCCGACCGUCCUUGGCGUCAUGCACCACUACUUCCCCGACGCCAGCUUUGACGAUCCCUUCCAGCUCCACGUGAGCUCGUCGACCCUGCCGGCCCUGCCGCCCAGCUUCCGCGAGGACGCCGUACCGGUGCACCCCAGCGGCAGCGUGCGCCGCCUCAUCCACACGCGCGUCGGCGACGGACCUCGCGUGCUGGAGCGUGGGUGUGGCGCUCACUCGCUGCUCAACGAGCAGGGCCUGCCUCUUCGUAGCUAG